UGGGGAAGGGGGUGUGUGUCAUCCACACAUCAGGAUGAGCAGCUGCACACACUAAGCUGGAGCCGCCAAACUCCAGCACACACUGAUCCAGGACUGCAGCCGGACUGAUUCCGCUCUGACAAGUAGACAUGGGACGGAAAUGGAUCCUGACACUUCUUCUUCACUGGGAAUGUCUCACAAUAACAAUAGCAUCACCUGAAGCCUACAGCGUCCCCUCAUCAGGUGUAUUUCUCUCUUACCUGUUGACCAAUAAGUCUUCAAACACCCCUCUGUUGGGAGGGAUUGUGCAGGAUGCCAGACAUUUCCAGUGCAGCAAUGCAGACAACAAGAAAAACUCAGGACUUGGUUCCCUGUGCCUCUGGAAUGGAACGGACUCAAGCUAUACAACUCACGAACAGUAUUUGGAAUUUAAAAAGACCAUUUUGGCAGCCUUUCCGUCAGACGUUCACCUUGUAGAUUACACCUGGAGUUUGCAGUGCUGGACUGGGGAGGAGAACAGCAGCCGGAUUUCCUGCCGGAUAGAAUACGUAGCGCAGGAGGCAUCUAUGAAUGUAGAGUAUAUCCCUAAACUGUAUUACGGCCGGAAUGACAGCUACGAACACAGGAUAGCGCCGGACUGCAGCUGCCGGGGAUACAGACUGUGUGAGUGUCUCAUCCCAUCCGUCGCCUACACUGAUUCCUACAUCUUGUGGGUGGAAAUUCCUGAUCCUGUCCCAGCACUGCUGUCCCCUCCGCUGUCUAUCAGCGCUACUGCAAUCAUACGACCCAACUCUCCCAGCGAUCUGCGAAUAGAGAUAACGGAGGAAGGGAAAUUAAAGGUUCUCUGGUCCAGACCUGCGUCCCUAACCCACAGGCUUCAGUAUCAAGUCAAAUAUUAUUCCAACACAACUGAGGAUAACUCGCAGUUUUACCUGAUUGUGGAGGAACCGUACGUCACCCUCAAUGUCACCGCGUCAUGUUCCCCACUGGUGUUUGAGGUACGUUGCAGAAGGUUUCCCACUCCGGGUGUUUGGAGUGACUGGAGUAUUCCCACAGUCCUUAAAACGCAAGAUGGUUUUUAUUUUCCGCAGAAAGUUCUGGCCGGGAGCGGCUCCAACAUCUCCGUAUACUGUAUAUACUGCAACAACAACCGGAAGGUUCCUUCCAAGGAUAUAAUAUGGGGUCUCAAUUUGAUAAACGAAGUCCCCUCACAGCAGUACACAGCAAUCAGCGAUUACAUUGGCAAAGUCACAUUUACGAAUCUCAUCGCAACAACGCCAAAGGGGAAAUUCCAGUAUGACGCGCUCUACUGCUGUGUUCCGAGCAUCGGCUGCCAACCCCGAUAUGCUGAAAUUUACGCCAUGGAUGUUAAUAUCAGCAUCACGUGUGAAACAGAGGGAAAUGUUUCGAUGAUGAUCUGCAGAUGGAGCGCUCAACAGGUCGCACUGCUUAAAGAGAGCAACAUAACUCUGCGAUACUACCAGAACAUCAAUUAUUGUUUUGGGACAGAUAUAAAUUACAACGCUGCCAUUUCGAAAGACUGCGUAUUAGAGGACGGAUUGUACAAAUGCUUAUUUAAUACUAUUAAGGCCACUUAUCGUUACUACAUGUGGGUAGAAAUACAGCAUCCGAUGGGCACAUUGCAAUCUCCCCCGGUGUGCAUUAAGCCUAUCAAUAACGUGAAGCCGUACACUCCACUAGCAGUCCAAGCCGAGAUGACAGCCGGCACUGAGCAUUUACAUGUGACCUGGAGCCCGCCGAGAUACGCCGUAUUCAAAUAUAUGUACCGACUUCGUUAUCGGGUGCAAGGCCAAGAAACCGAAUGGCAGGUUCUAGAUAUAUACAACGGUACAUUUGCUAAUAUAUAUGAAGUAGAUGCCUGUGAGCCUUACACUGUGCAGAUCCGCUGCAUAGCUAUCAGCCGGUCCGGAUACUGGAGUGACUGGAGCCAGCCUAUCAACACAGCGAUUAAAGAUCUCAGAGCACCUUUAAAAGGACCAGAAUUUUGGAGAAUUGUCCAGAAAAAUAUUAUACAAAAAGGCGACAAUAUUACACUAGUUUGGCAGCCGCUGCAGAGGGAACAGUUACUAUGCAGCGUCAGUGGAUACGAAGUUCUACAUCAGGCAUCUAAUGCGCUUAUCUGGUCCCAGUACAUCGGGAACACCACAAAUUACACCUUCACCCUGCAGCACAGCGCGGUAACGGUGACCGUCCAGGCCCGCAACUCUCGUGGCCAUUCCAAAGUGAACCGCAACUUAACGCUGUCCGAGAAAAUGAGCGCAGUGAAGGCAGUUAGGUCUCUGGACGUGUACCUAUUAAACAGCAGCGCGGUUGCAGUGUGGAACUUGUUUCCUGUUGCAUAUGAUCCGCUGGAGCUCGUUCUGGAGUGGAGGAACCUUCGAGAAAAAGCACAAGUGCGCUGGGCUUUUAUUCCCCCCAACGUUAGCAAAUAUUACAUUGAAGACCAGUUUUUUGCUAUUGAGAAAUACCAGUUUAGCCUGACUCCGGUGUUCUCGGAAGGCGUCAGCAGCCCACGGAUCACGUAUGAAUUCUCUAAAGUUACAGGGGAAAUGCAGAAUAAUGCAGGUUUUUAUGUUAUAUUACCUGUGAUUACCGCUACAUCCUUUCUGCUGGCAAUAACGCUCGCAAUAACCCAUCAAAGAAUGAAGCAAAUGUUCUGGAAGGACGUGCCAAACCCCAAAUACUGUUCUUGGGCCCAGGGAGUCAAUUUUCAGAAGCCAGAUACAUUAGAAAACCUUUUUAUGAAGCAUCGUGAACACCUGGCGCACAGUUUUCCAUUAAUCUUAGAACCCGAAGACACCUUUGAAAAUAUGAAUAUCGACAAAGGCUGGGAGAAAGACGACGUAGACGUCACCUCAAUCCCUGACCAGCUGACGUACGACCGUGACUCUGCCUGCGCGACCAGUCAUUUUAGCAGCAGUUGCACCUACGCAGAUGGAUCCGAGGCUUCCAUAUACAAGGGGACCACCUCCCCAUCCAUGGUCAAAUAUGCAACAAUCGUUAGUAACCCUCAGCCAACUAAGCAGUGUAUGAGCGGGAGGAAAAUGAGUGUCAGCUCUUGCGACGGAUGUUUUUUGAGAAAUACUUCAAUCGUUAUUGGGAAUCUAGAUGAUGAAAAACAGGCGUUUCUUAUAAUGGCUGGAUUACAGACAAAGCAACCCGGCAACAAAUCUUCUAACUCAGUUGUGUCUUCCGAAGGCUUUUCCGAACCCUCGGACCAAGAGGAAAGCUUUGAAGGAGACAUCUUGGAGAGGAACGUCUACUACGUGGGGCUGGACGCUAUCCAAAAUAGCGGACAGGAUGGCUAUUUCUCGAAAAAUCCCUCGGUGACCUACCACUUCCAGGACAAUAGAUCAUACCAAGAGAUGGACAAGUCUUCCGAAUUCAUAGAUGAUCACUACAUCCAUCGAAGUUUGGCGAAAAAGUCCCUGCUCUCGUAUAUGCCGCAGUUCCAAAUACAGUCUACCAAUGACCCAAAGAUGUUUGAUAUGUGCUCCUGAUACAUCUCCUGUGAUGACGUGUCCAUAUUUAUUGUGCAUUGUAUGCAUGAGAUGAAUGUGAAAGACCUAAAAUUAAGGCUGAAGGAGACAUGUGGAGUAAGUGCCAUAACCUGGGUUUGGGACAUGAUUGGCUGCCUAUUGUGAUACAAAGCACUUUGUAAUAUGGAAUAAUUUGCAUGUUCCGAACAUUAGACUGUUCUGGAAUUAGUACUUCCAAGAACAUACCAAAAUGCUUGAAAUAAAAAUCUUCAGAACGACAACAGCAUUUUGGCCAGCUGGUAUGUCACCGAUAUAACCACGUAGGAAUACCAUGUAAGCUACUAUAACGAGUACAUCGGCGACUCCACGGCUGUGGUUAUUCUGCGGCGGACUGAUAUGGGAAGGACAUAUUACAUUGUAUAAAGUGUGAAACUAUUUUUGAAUGUGUGCCAUUCAUACCGUAUAGAUACAUAUUCUAUUUUUGUGACACGACAAAUGCAAAGUUAUGAUAAAUACAUUUAUGGAAUCAUUUCAUGUGUUGUUAUGCUUGUUCUAUUAUUUUG